AUGCAGGAGCAACUGAAGGAGAUGGAUGAGCAUGUUUCCAGACUUCAGGAUAUGCUGAAGAGUGAACGGGCCAAAAGCACCCGUUUGCAGCUGAGGGUCAACCAGUAUGAAGCUGAGCUGAGACGCAGAGAGCAGCAAAGCAACAGAAUGAAAGAGCGACUUACACAGUUGUCUGACAGAAACAAGGAGAAAGGACCCUCCAUUGAGGUGCUGAACUUUCCAACAGGGGAUCGAGGCAAAAGCGCAAAGUCAAUCAAGUCAUCCCGGUCCACUGCAAAGCAAGAGGACGCCACGAUGCGUCUGAUGCUGGAGCGCAGAGAAUCAGAGCUCAGGGAGGCAAUGAAGCUGCGCCACAGCCUCACCACUUUACUACAUGCUGUCAGAGUUGACAUGGAGCAAGUGAGAGAAAGCAAGGACAAAGCGGAUACAAAAGUGGAUCAGACAGAAACCCUGUCAAAUUCUGAGGAUGUUGUGGAAGGAUCCCCAAAUGGAAAUGAAAAGUUAACUCAAACUGAGGCAGUGCUUGGUGACCAUGUGACAGGAGGUGUGGUUCAGAGUUGGAAACGUGUGCAGCAAAGGCUGGUUGACCUUCGACACGAGGGCCAAACAGGCGAUGGCACUGACCAUGACAAACUCUUGGCUCAGCUUGAAACAGAACUAAAAGAGAGUCAACAAAUUGUCAAACUACAACAGCAAAUGCUGCAGGACACCCUUGUAUCACCCGUCCUGUCGGAGCUGACUGAUUCUUAUUUUUUGGAAGAGUGGGAGCGUCUCCAAGUGCGACGGGCAGACCUCAAACAUCAGAGACAGACUUUCGAGAGGGAGAGGCAGUCCUUCACUGACGCCGCCAUACGAUUAAGUCGUGAGCGUCGUGACUUUGAGAAUCAGAAGCACUCUUUCUUGAAGCAGCAGUAUUUACAUGAUUCUCCCUUGUGUCGUAAAAGAUCAGCAAGCUGCAAAACUGAUUGCACCCUUCUGGAUUUCUCAGGUUUAGGGCCUGCUAGAAUGUCUGGCCGUGUUCCCAUUUCGCCAUCUUCCACCAAAUCCAGCCCUGUGACUGUUUCAGGAUGCUAUCAAGGAAGAAUCAGAGUUGUAACACCCAGUACUCCUGAGCUCUACGCUGUCCUCAGUCUGUCACACAAUUGCAGAAGGGCGGAAGUCACAGGAUGUCUCAGAUGUUUCAAGAAGUGGCCCCGGAUGACAGCCGACGAACUGAAAACAAGUCAGGCUCUUGACGACAUCAGCGAGAGUACCUGCGUCACCAGCUCUCGGGUGGCGCUUAUCACCAAGAACCCUAUGGGGCGUAGGCACAGCAGCAACAUCUAG